AUGACAGCGGCCGCAGAUUUGACGCACCCAGGAGUCUCUCAAAGCCAGGUGGCUCUUGAGGAUCGGUUCGAGGUCAUCAAGGAGAUUGGAGACGGGAGCUUCGGAAGCGUCGUGCUGGCCCGCGUCAGGACCGCCGGGGCCAAUGUAGCUCGUCGCGGUUCAGUGAUCGCCAUCAAGUCCAUGAAAAAGACGUUUGACUCGCUGGCCCCGUGCUUGGAUAUCCGAGAGGUGGUUUUCCUCAAAACUAUACCCAACCAUCCCCAUCUUGUCCCCGCUCUUGACAUCUUCCUGGAUCCUUGCAGCAAAAAGCUACACAUUUGCAUGGAGUACAUGGAAGGCAACCUGUAUCAGUUAAUGAAGGCUCGAGAUCACAAGUGCUUCGACAAUGCCAGCGUGAAAAGCAUCCUGUUUCAGAUCAUGUGCGGUCUGGAGCACAUGCACUCGCACAACUUCUUUCAUCGGGACAUCAAGCCGGAAAACAUUCUCGUCUCAACCUCUUCUCACUCCGAAUCCUCCCACUCUUUCCGCCGAUACUCAGCCCUGGUCAACCCCCCGUCAACCGUGCCGAGCUACACCGUCAAGCUUGCGGACUUCGGUCUCGCCCGGGAGACGCACUCGAAGCUGCCGUAUACCACCUACGUGUCGACCAGAUGGUAUCGCGCCCCCGAGGUUCUGCUGCGCGCCGGCGAGUACUCGGCACCCGUCGACAUCUGGGCCGUCGGCGCCAUGGCCGUCGAGGUAGCCACGCUCAAGCCGCUCUUCCCCGGAGGAAACGAGGUCGACCAGGUCUGGCGCGUGUGCGAAGUCAUGGGCAGCCCGGGCAACUGGUACAACAAGGCCGGGGCUCGCGUCGGCGGCGGCGACUGGCGAGAGGGAACCCGGCUCGCCAGCAACCUCGGCUUCUCGUUCCCCAAAAUGGCUCCCCACGCCAUCGACACCUUUCUCCAGGCGCCCCAGUGGCCAAAGCCGCUGAGCCACUUUGUCACAUGGUGCUUGAUGUGGGAUCCCAAGAACCGCCCCACGUCUUCGCAGGCUCUGAUGCACGAGUACUUCCACGACGCAGCCGACCCCACGCGGCCCAAGUCGUCCACCUCGUCGAGGAUCUUGGGGCGGAAGCAGUCGGAUCUCGGCCGUGGCGCCAAGGAGCCUGUCGGUGGCCAUCAUCAAAUCACGUCAAAGCCAUCCUGGUUCCGAAAGUCCCUCAUCGGCCGCAACGAUGCCCCUGAGCCUGUCGUCGCUCAAGCCCCGAGCAAGGACACGACCGCGACCGCCUCCCGACCCGCGCCCGCGCCAGCUGGCGCGACGACCGUUGACCUGGUCGGCGCCAAAGCGCGAUUUCCCGUCGCCAAGCGAAGUACCUGGACCAACGGGCUGCCCAACGCCGCUCCGAUGGCCAUCUUGCCCACCAUCCGACCAAUCUCUCCGCUGUCCGACACCGUCACCGCGCGUGCGAACAAUGGCCAGGGCGAAGGGAAGCUGGAAAAGACCAAGAAGCUUGGCCGCCAGCUUUCCGUCGCCUCCAGCACCAACAACUACGCCGACAUGCAUCGUCAGCAGGCCGAGCGUGCGCUGAACGGCGAGACAGGCCUCGCCUCGCCGCCGAGCGGGCAGAGGGAAAGCUUCUUCUCGCAUCUUCGGAAGCGGGCCCGUCGCUUCUCCGGACGCCACCAAACCCCCGUGUCCCCCUCGUCCGACGACAUGGAGGCUCAGAUCGGCUGCGGCCCGUGGGCAAGCAACAGGUCGUCCAUGGUUGUCGAGCAACAUGGCGGGCCCGUUCCGAAAGCAGAGGUGUACGAGUCCCUGGACAGAGCCCUGCGCGACGUCCAGGGGAGCAGCACCGACUCGCGCUCAGCGCUGCCGGCGAGCCAGCAGCUCGCCUCGACCAGCAAGCUGAAGAGGCACCACACCCUCCCCCAGCACCAAGCCAGAUCCGUCGACAACUUGAUAGGCGUCGCCCGGGCCGGUCCCCUCUCCACCCGCACGAGACGGGCGCAGGCGGCCCACGAUGUGCAGCAGUACGAGGUCCCCGACGAAGAGGAGGAGCUGCUCGACGAGGCUUUGACGUCGGCCCAGACGGCCAUGCGUCGUAUGCAAGGCUCGUCGUGGAAACCCCUGCGACAGUCCGUCAGCACCAUCGGCCUGCCGGACCCGCAGCCGUACCCGAGCCCCUCGCCCUCGGCCAGCGGGAGCCAAAGCAUGUUUGGGGAGGGCCAAGAAGCUCUGACCCCCAAGCCUUUGGAUCUUCACAAGAGAUCGGACAGCCAAUACAAGUGGCCCACGCCGCCGUACGAAGGGAGCGAAUGGGCCGCUUCAGCGUCAGCCAGCAUAUGGGCCGCGGGCAGCAGGUUUUAA